CAACUUUUAUGUUUUGAGGCUGCUUAGUGUGCCAGACAGUAACCACCUGAAUAAAAUGUGAGCCUUCUAGCUCAGGCUUGGAGUCACUUGGGUAAGCUGUAACAAGUAGUUUGGCUGUUUGAGGAUAUGAGAAAAAAGUAAGGUACAUAAUUCUCUGUGUUAUAUUAUUUUCCUACUUUUUCCCCUCUUGCGUGUGCUUCUGUUCCUCUCUGGUUUCAAAGUAGAUAGCAGUCAUUUCAGUAAGACCUUCUGCCAUUGUUUGAACUGUACAGUGUCAUUUAUUAUAUGUGAACUUGCAGGUUGCACUUGUUUACUUUGAUCUAGUGCUGUGAAACUCUGGAAACAUGAGCUCCGUGCAUGCUUCCAGGUUUAGAUCUGUGUCCCAUGGUUAUCAGUCAUGAAUGCUAUCUGCCUGAAAUAUUUCCUACUAAUUUGCUAUAGCUCAACAGCAUUACCUCACAGCCUUUUAAGUGAGAUGUAUUGUGUAGUUCAGCUGAAGGUUCAAGAUCCUGUCUCGUUCCAUCAUUAUUUUAAGAAGAGUGGGGAAUAAAAGGGAGAUCCACAGAGGCAACUGUGUGUUCAGCCUCAUAAUAAUGGAUUCUUACACCUGAGGUUCCCGUGCUUGUAAAAGUCAGGGACCUCGUAGGUGCGGCGUGAUCUCAAGAUACAGAUUUGCAGUCUCUCAAGCAGAGGAAGGAAGUAGAAUUAUUCCUUCUCAUCAGUAUCUAUUCCCAACACUGACAAUUUUAUUCCAAAGGGUGUUAUGCAUGUAUGUUGCACCGUCACACACACAAAAAUGCUGUGUGUGUUUUCAAGAAAAGCAGCAGCCUCUGUGCCUUGCACAGAGCCCUUAUCUGAUAGAUGUGAUCUCUGUCUGUUAGAUUGAGUUUCUGCAGCGGAGAUUAGCAGUGCAACGUAAUUACUUCUGGCUACAAAGUAGCUACUUCAGUGGCUUGGGCAACCAGCGUUUCUACUGAUGGUUUUAGUAAGGGCUCUUUGAACUCCUCUGGCACUGUGAUCAGGCAUUAAAGAUGUAAGCCAUAUUAUGAUUCAUUUAAGACACUGUAGGCUGCACAUUUGUCAUGGUGCACUGGGGCUUCAUUAAAAGUGAAUGUUGAGUUACUGUAUCUUGGUUCAUUUGGAAAAAAGAAAUUCUUUGAACCUUACAUUUGGCAUACUGAUUAGGGUUUUUUUUGUUAAAGCUUUUGUUGCACUAAAAUGUUGUGCUUUAUAUAUCUGGCCAUAUGGAAAGCCAGGACAAUGUAAAAUACGUUUGUUUUAAAAUCACUUAUUGAGUGUUGAAGCUAAAACUGUAAUUUUCUUGGUGCAACUUAAUUGCUGUGAGUAAUGCAAAAGGUUUGAAUGUAAUCCUUGGGAAUGCUUAAGAUACUAAUUAUAUUCCAACCAGUCAAGGUGCACUUGUUUUGAAACUAGCCUGAGCUGGUCCCUUCUGAGAAUCUGCUAUUUCCACUGCCAAAGGUGGUGAAACAGAUUGAUUUCUAUGAAAAUGAGUUAUCCUUCAAAACCAGGGACAGGCUUCAAAGCAUAGCACUUUAUGACAAAAGGUACUUUCAGAUUAACAAAGCAAGGCCCAAAUAUGCUAAACACAAGAGCUCAAGUGCAGCAAAUCUCAUAGGUUUGGUCCAGGUCUAGCUGCUGACUGCUAUAUAGAAUCCUAACUUGCUGAUUAACUGUAGUUAAAUUCUGGAAACUUAGUGUGUAAGUGACAGAUUCUGCUUUAUGGACUCUCCCUUUGAGGCAAUUAUUCUGUUAGUUAUGGAGUUUCUGAGAUUUUUUUUUUUGCAUUGCCUUGCUUUACAUUUCAGAUACUUUUACACUUUUUUAAUGCAUUUCAGAAAACUAUGGUUAUUGAAUUAGCCAGUUCAAUGGACCACCCAGGUUCAAUAGUAUAUCAAAGUUUUCUAUUUUGGAAUUGUGACUCUUACUUGCAAACAUAUUUCAUUUAUCUUUCUGAGUGAUUUAAAUAGCAUUAACUCCAAGUCACAUCCAAGUUUUCCUAUUAGCUCUCCUGUAGUAUAUUCCCUAGUGGUUAAACUAUACUUGUAUUCUUUUUACCAUUUAUUCAUCUUAGGAAAAAGUCUGUCAGCUACAGUUUUGAAUGAGGGCUUCCUCCUCCUAUUAUUAGCGUUUGUUCUUCAGUCUAAAUCUGAGAAUAAAUUCCAUUCAUAUUGAUACCCGUUCUAGUGAUGCUAUAAAGACUUCUUUUACAGCAAUCUUCAUUCAUAUCCAAAUCUUAUCCAAUUGGUUUCAUAGCAGGGACUCAGAAAUGUCCAAGUAAAACUAUUCUGUCUCAAAAGUUCUGACUUAGGUGGUGCUUUAUUCAUAACAUCCCUUCUGCUCAUCCAUUUUGCCUUGUCCUUAUACAAGUAUAGCUUAGCAGGUCUGUGUUUCUUUCAAGAACACCAAUGCCUUUGAUAUAAUUUACUAUUCCACUGUGCUUCUGUAUCCCUAGAUCACCUCAUUUUAUGUUCUAGGCCUCCUUUUUUUUUGCUUAAAUUCCUCCUAUUUUUUGUUUGGUUUUAUUUUGUUAAACAUCAUCCACAACACCUCAGUUGUAUUAGGAAUGCUUCUUUUGUUAGUUUCAUUGCCUGGCUGCUGUUUUUAAUUAGUACUAUGUUUAAAAAAAAACCAAAACAAAACAAACCAACACCCAAAUCCUUGUGUCCAUCUAUUCAUUAAUAUACUUGUCUGUAUUUCUGUAUCCUUACCUGAUUUUUUAUACCAUUCAUCUGUGCUAGCCAAAUUAACUAUAAAUGUGAUAGAAGGUUGUCCCAAUUUCUGCCAUCAUUUUUAGUUUAAAUUCUUCCAUCAGUUUUGGCAGUGUUACUUGGGCAAGUUUACUUCUCCAUUAUUUCUGUAAUAAAGUUCUGUCUCCAGAGGUGAGGUUAUUUUUUUUUCUUGAUACAUUUCAGUGGCUGAAUAUCUUAAGAUUAUUCUAACUUGGAAGUGAGAGCUAUUAAUCCUUCAAACUUAAUUCUCCUUUUUAGAGUACUUUAAGCUGAAGAAUAUGAGACUAUAUUUAAAUAACCUAGAGAAUGAUAUAGUAAUUCUUGAUCUGUUCCAGUAAUAAUUUGAAUUGCCAUUUGUUUAAAUGGAACCUCCAGUCACCAUGUUUUCUUUGGCUUUACUUAAUUGUCUGCUGUAUGGUCAGAUCCCCAUCUCAGAGAAGCACAGUUCUCUAAAAUCUGCUUUCUGGAUUCAUCACAGACCAGCCCUGUUGGCCUUCACACAAUCUCCAGUCAUAGAAACCUGUCUGUCUUCUGGUAUUGGUGUAAAUCUCUUGUUCUGAGGCUCACUCUCAUUACCCCCUCUACCUACCUACGUUCUUACCAAUCACCCCUUAAGAUACCUUUGGUUAAGUAGUCCUGUCUUUGGUAUGAUGAUUGAUACCGGAGUCAUGCAGCUUUACAAUUACAUCAUGCAGUUAUGACCCAGGUGUUGUAAGUACUGUUUUGGGUAAGGAAGGCAUGGUAUCAAGCUGAACAUUGUAAUGUUUAGGUAAUUUUUGUGGGUGAGUCAUCAAAAUAGUGGUGGUAAUUAUUCAGAAUUUGGUGGCUAAUAUGGAUAUUGAACUGAAAAUUUCAUUUGGUAUGUUACAUUUAUAUUCCAAGUUAAAGUCCUUGUCUGCCUUCGUGCCUCUGUAUUUGGGUGCCCUACUUUUCAAGUGACCUCUACCUCUCUAUUGCCUGUGCCCUUUAAUGAUGACCUAUUUGUUUCUGUGCCUUCAAGCUUAGUUAUUUAUUUGUAUUUAAAUAAUUAAUUAAGCCAUAUGUAGAUAAGUAAAAGGUGUGACUGGUGAUGACCUGACAUAAGAAACACAUUAAUGAAUGGAAAGAAAAAGCAUGGGAGGAAGAAGUGCCAUCAAUAGAGCUGAACAGUUCAGUCUGAGGAAGCAAGGCUGCAUUGAAGCAAAUAGCAUUCUUUUCCUGCAAUAUAUCUCUGAAAGGAUGCAGUGAGUUGAGGUUACAAACCAUCUAUUCAUGCAAAAACCUUAGGAUGGCUGUGGCAUUAAUUCUAAUGCACUAGCUUAGUCCUUAAAUUCUUCAUUAUGAAUCUAUCGCUGCCUCACCUUCUUUUGGAGUACUAAUUUAUGAUUGCACAAGAAUUGGAGUGCAUGUGAUGCAGACCUGGAAAAAUGGGCUGAAUAUCAGCAAAGUGACUUGAUGUAGGAGAAACCUGGAGACAGAAUGAUGGGUGCUUUGUACCCCCUUAUUUUCUCCCUCUCGAUAUCUAAGCAUAGUUUUCGGUUCUUCACAGUCUGUCAUUUUAGGGCAAUGUAUCAGAUCACUCCAAAUGUCAUUUGGUGUCUUUGCACACCUAUGAGAGUGGUAUUUGCUAAACAGCAUAGUCACAGUUUGAUAGCUGGUGUCAAAAUACAGCCAAGUAGUUUGUUGUGUGAUGAGUGCACAUGAUGUUCCCAGUAGCUGUUUUUACACCAACGUCUGCCUUCCCAAGAUUUCUCUUCUUCCUUUGGACACUGGUCUUUCCUUUCCUGUGCUUAUUUCCCCUUGCUCCUUAUAAAGCUGCUACAGGAAAGAAAAUGUGAUUGUAAAAGCUAAAGAAAGGCAGCAACUGAUUGUGCAUUGUACAUAGGACUCUGGUUGAAGAGGACAGCUCUGAGCAGGUGACCUUGAAGUAGAAGGAUGUUGACAUACAAGGGUCUUUUGUAUUCAUGCAGAAAGGCAGUGAGAAGAGGGGCAGCCUCUUGGGGCAGUGACACCUAGUGCUGAAACACCACGUGAUGCUCUUAAAACAGCAUGAGUACCUGCCAGGAAAAAGCAGUAGUUCUUUACAAACAUGGUCUCAGAAAUUCUGUAGUACACCUGAAAGUGGUAACAUUACAGCUGAUGACUGCAUUCAGACCUCUUAGAAUUGAAGGUAACAUUAAGUGCAUACUUCAAUAUGACCUACAAAAUUACAUCCAAUCCUUGAUUUUUUUUUUUGGUAAUCAUUUAUACCUGUGAACGAAUAUAGCAAAUGUGUAUAGAUACAGAGAAAUGUGGUUACUGUAGGGUGCUUCAUUGUAUAGAUUGUUAGUUCUCCUUCCCUUUUUGUACUCUACCUGCUUAGUAAUGCUGUUGUCAAUGCUGCCUUGAAACAUCCUUCAGGGAAAGUAAGUUAUGGUAACAUCAUGGAAAACUUGUGUAGGAUUCCUUGUGUUUCUUAUGGUAACAGAAUCCAUUCAAAAUCAUUUGUCUUCCUUUCUUCAGUUCCUUUUUUGUAUUGUAUUGCCUGCUUCCUAUUUGUGGUUUCUGUAGGACUGGGAGAAUAAUAAUAAUAACAACAUACUGAUCAGAUGUUCGGCCUUGUAACCUCUGAAGCAAAGUUCCUUCCUGUUAACCAAAUGACAAUGCUGGUGGUGUCCCUCCAUACAAGUUCUCGCUUGGGCAAUAUUCUCUAAAGCCAGUGAAGCUGAGUAGGUAUGAAUUCAGGGCAGAGUUUGGCCUUGAAGCAUUUAUUGAAGUUAGGAACCUUGACGUUUUGGCCUUUUGGAUUUUCUAACGCUGGUGUCAGGAGUACAGGCUUACAGCUCUUCCCGAGCUCUUUGGCAUGCGGUGUUUCUGUCCAUACUGUGUCUGUUGGGGUCCUUGCUGUAUUCCUGAAAAGUGCAGUUAAUAAUCCGGCUGAUGGCCGAGGCACGGCCACGUGCAGGUUGGGUCUGGGCUGCACAAAGGAUCUGCUGGACUCGUGCUAAGGUUUGUUUGCUUGGGCCAUCCCCUCCAGUGUGGGAGUGAUCUGAAACUUCCCCUCAGUUUUCUACUGGGGGUACGCAUGUAAACAAGGUUUGUAGGUGAGUCUUGGCUUUGGCGGAAGUUGGGAAUUGGUUGAUUAAUUCAAAAAAUAAUAUACCCAGAUUCUAAUUGAAAAUGCUGAUGUGAUGAGAUUUUUUUUAAGAUAAGCAAUCUGGACAACUUAUUUGAUAAAGUCCACUUAGUAUACUGCCCAUAACCAUUUUGAUAUAGUUGCUCAAAAAACCUAAAACGUUGUAAGAGGGUUUUUUUUGAGCUGUGUGAAGCUAACAAAGAAGGAUGUGCUACUAAAUAAAGUCUUCAAAUCCUUGUCUCUAAGGAGUUUUAACAAAGUUACUUAGGAAUAAAAUAGUAAAGUCCUUGGGAAUUACCAUUACUAGCAGGAAAAGGGUCUUAAAGAGAUUUUUUGUUGUUUUAAAAGCAUUACCAUACAUGCAUGUGCAUGCUAAAAAUCUAUUUUCAAUCAAAAAAUUUUUUAAUAAACCAGGCUUCUCUAAAUUAUCUGCAAAAAUUAUUUUAGAAUUAAAUUGUUUUCAAUGAAUGAAUGAAGUGAAUGGUGGAAGUUGGAAUAGUUUUCUAUAACAAAAAGCUUUGAAUAAAGUUAUGAAUGCUUUUAGCUGAAGUAAACUGUAGAAUAGCAUUAAUGAGCUCUCAGUGCUACAACCUUUGACUUGCAAUUAACAUUUUUAGGUUACCCAAAACUUUUUAAAGUAGUUGAAGUUCACGUAGUUUGUUUCCAGCAAGGCUGAUAAGAACAUAUUUAAAAAAACUUAAAAUAUUGUAGCUUUCCAGGGGAUCAAAUCUUAUCUUUCUCAAGGUGACCUUGCAUUUAUUUUUCUGGGCAGCCCUCUGCACUUGCACUUAUUUUUCUGGUGACCCCCUCCUGCCCAUAAAGCUUACAGUGAUUUACAGCUUUAAUAUUAAGGAAAUCAACCAAAUUGUUAACAUUAACGUUAAUUUUAAUAGGAAAAAAACUUUGUUUUACUUCCCUGUAACCCCAAACAAACCCCAACUUUUAACCUAAAGCCAGCAGCCUGGGCUAGGUCUCCAGACCUACGGGUUUCUGAAACACACAACCCAAAAAAAAAAAAGGAGCCGAAGUUUUUAAAGGGCCUGGCUUUAAACGCGGAGCGAGGAUCGCGCUGGGGCUGGGGACUCAUCAUGCCAGGGCGGCGGUGCGUGUGCCCGGGCGCCGGUCUGCGGCGUUGUGUCCCGGCGGAGCUGCGCGGCCGUGCCGUGCCGUGCCGGGCCCGGCGGUGCGGUGCGGUGCCGGUGGCGGUGCGGGCGCGGAGCGGAGCCGAGCGGAGCCGCGCUCUCCUCCCGCUCGCUUUCUCUUUCCCCCUCUCUCGCUCGCUCCCUCUCCCGCUCGCUCUCCCCCCUCCCUCCCUCGCUCUCUCGCUCUCCCUCUCUCUCUCCUACACUGCCAGCCCCUGAUGUGAUGGCGAAGAAACCCCGUUGACAAGGCACUGCUUUUUCAUGACGAGAAAGCAGAUGAGGUCUGGUUGUUCCUGUGUAGGAGUUCCCUUCACUGAAUCCGAGGCUGCCUGUUGGAUAGGAACCUGAGAGGGAGCUGCCAGGUUGUCAUGGAUGAUGACGAUGAUGAAUCCUGUCUCCUUGAUCUUAUUGGGGACCCACAAGCACUGAAUUAUUUUCUACAUGGACCUAGUACUAAAUCUAGCAAUGAAGACUUGACUAAUGCAGAAUAUUCUGUAGCCAACUCAAAUUCAAUUUUCGCCAACUCCAAUAACACUGAUCCUAAGUCGUCUGUAAAAGGUGUAAGUGGUCAGCUUGGAGAGGGGCCUAGUGAUGGACUGCAGCUCUCCAGUAGCCUUCAGUUUCUUGAAGAUGAACUUGUGUCUUCUCCUUUACCUGAUCUUACUGAGGAUCAGCCUUUUGAUAUUCUUCAGAAGUCCUUGCAGGAGGCCAAUAUUACUGAACAGACUUUGGCGGAAGAGGCAUAUUUGGAUGCCAGUGUAGGUUCUAGCCAACAGUUUGCACAAGCUCAGCUUCAUCCUUCUUCAUCAGCAUCCUUUACUCAGGCUUCUAAUGUUUCUAAUUACUCAGGUCAGACGUUGCAACCUAUAGGAGUUACUCAAGUGGUACAGCAACCUGUUGGAGCAUCUUUUGCAAGCAAUACAGUUGGUGUGCAACAUGGCUUUAUGCAACACGUCGGAAUUAGUGUUCCUGGCCAGCAUUUGUCUAAUAGCAGCCAGAUUAGUGGUUCUGGGCAGAUCCAGCUGAUUGGUUCAUUUAGUAAUCAACCUUCCAUGAUGACCAUCAAUAACCUCGAUGGAUCUCAGAUAAUACUGAAGGGCAAUGGUCAGCAGACACCUGCGAACAUGAGCAGUGGCCUCGUGGUUCAUAGACAAACUCCAAAUGGGAACUCGCUGUUCAGUAACUCAAAUUCAAGUCCCGUAGCACAACCCGUAACUGUUCCAUUUAGCAGCACAAAUUUUCAGACUUCAUUGCCUGUCCAUAAUAUCAUAAUUCAAAGGGGUUUGGCACCCAACUCUAACAAAGUUCCUAUUAAUAUCCAACCAAAGCCUAUUCAGAUGGGUCAGCAGACUGCUUACAAUGUGAAUAACUUGGGAAUACAGCAACAUCAUGUACAGCAAGGGAUUCCAUUUGCUUCUGCAAACUCACCUCAAAGUUCAGUAGUUGGUCCUCAUAUGUCUGUUAAUAUUGUUAAUCAACAACAAAAUACAAGAAAAUCAGUUACACCUCAAACAGUUAGCAAUGCUGGAGGUAGUAUUGUUAUCCAUUCUCCUAUGGGACAGCCUCAUGCACCUCAAAACCAGUUUCUCAUACCUACAAGUUUGUCUGUUAAUUCUAAUUCGGUUCAUCAUGUCCAGGCCAUAAAUGGACAACUUCUUCAGACUCAGCCUUCCCAGCUGGUUCCUGGCCAAGUGUCUGCUGAGCAUGUAAUGCUUAACAGGAACUCUACAAACAUGCUAAGAGCCAACCAGUCAUAUUCAGGACAGAUGCUGAAUAAUCAGAACACAGCUGUUCAGCUUGUUUCAGGCCAGACAUUCACAGCUCCUGGAAACCAAGUUAUAGUAAAUCAUGGAACUUCCCAAAUUGUUGGUGGACAGGUGCCACUGCAGCAGGCGUCACCAACGGUGUUGCAUUUGUCACCCAGCCAAGCUAAUGUUUCUCAAGGCAGAUCGAGUUUUACCACCAUGUCACCUGGGCAGUCCACAGUCUCAAAUAUGUCAGCUUCUGGCCGAUUUGCUGCUGCGAGUUCUUCUGGUUCAGUGCACCCCAGCUUGGGAGCAUCCGUUCAGUCUGUCGCGUCGGGAGGGAGCUUUACGGGAGAUCAGCUGGUCCAGAACAGAGCUCAAGUUGCCGUCAGCGCAUCACAUCGUCUUCCAGCAUCCUCCUCCAAGUCUGUCAGCACCUUUAGUCACACGUCUGUGGGAGCAACACAACAACAGUUUGCCUUUGGUCAGAAAAAGGCCGUGAACCAGACAUCACCAGUUUCCGCAUCGAAGACACAGGACAAUUUGAGACAGCCUCAGCUAACAAAUCUUCUGAGCAACACACUAUCAGGACAGGACUCUGGAGGAAAAAUCAUACAACAAUCUCUAGGAACAGCACAGCCACAAGAAAAAGUGGUAGGAUCGUCAUCAGUUCAGCAGAGUAUACAGGUCGAUGGUCAUUUAGUUGGACAGAAAAGGCCUGCUGCUAAACAGUUAACUAAAGGAGCUUUUAUUCUGCAGCAAUUACAGAAGGAUCAGGUACAUGCUGUGACACCAGAUAAAAGUCAGUUCAGAUCAUUAAAUGAUGCAGUUCAGAGACUCCUUUCAUACCAUGUGUGCCAGGGAUCACUGCCAACAGAAGAAGAUUUAAGAAAAGUGGACAGUGAAUUUGAAUCUGUAGCUACACAGCUUCUGAAGAGGACACAGGCUAUGCUGAACAAAUACAGAUGUUUGCUUAUAGAAGAUGCAAUGCGGAUAAAUCCCUCCGCAGAAAUGGUUAUGAUUGAUAGGAUGUUUAACCAGGAGGAAAGAGCAUCUCUGACCCGGGAAAAGCGUCUUGCACUUGUGGAUCCUGAUGGUUACCAGGCCGAUUUUUGUUGUUCUGCCAAACAAUUUGAGAAAACAGCUGAAGAAGCACAGUCCAGCAAAAGUGACAACCAGUCUAGCAAAACAUUACCUUCUCGGAGUCAGACUACCAAAACCCAAGCCAGAGACCGACCAAAAUCCAGUUCAGCAGAGUCCACAAAUCAUAGUAAACUUCCUAUAGUGCCUAACAACAUUCUGACACCACAAGAAGGAAAAGUUUCUAGUAAAAAAUCUGAGAGCCUCACUAAAGCUUUAAAGUUUGAAAAAGCUAAUUGUUCUUCUGAGAGCCAAUACAUGGCCCUUUCUGAAGAAAGGAUGAGUGGGAAAGAUCUUGCCAAGUCCACUGAGAAUUCUUCGAGUUCUGAAGACUUGUCAAAAGUAGUGUCAAGAGGCAGUCAUGGAACACACAAUAAAAUAUCAAGGAACGCAGUUCAGUCUUUCUCAAAGGUAACGUGUAAUAAUUCACUUCAAGACAAAACUCUGAGGAGCUCUCCAAAGAAUGAGGUUUUGCAUCCUGAUAACAGGAAAGACUCUGGUGAAUCCCAGGAAGACUUACUGCUCAGUAAGAGUUUAGAAACUACAUUUAAAAACAUCUUGGAACUUAAAAAAGCUGGGAGACAGCCACAAAAUGAGGCGGCAAGUAGUGGCUCGAUUGAAUUAGAGUUCCCUAAUUUUUCACCAAUCUCUUCACAAGAGAACUGCCUGGAAAAAUUUAUUCCAGACCACAGUGAAAGUGUUGUAGAAACUGACUCUAUUUUAGAAGCAGCUGUAAAUAGUAUCUUAGAGUGUUAAUAGUUACAGUACCAUGGACAAGUUAUGUUUCUCUUAGCAGAAGCAAAUGUGAAUGACACCACAAGUACAGCCUGACAUGCAUUUAAGGUUAACCUUUCUAAACUAGAUUCUGUUCUGUGUUUGAGAGCAAUACUCAUUGUGGUUACAGUGAGAUAUCCAAGUAAAGUUAAUCCUUGUUAGAAUGCAGUCUGUUAGGGCCUUACUGUUUCAAGUAUUAUUAUGAUAGUGCUUUUGAUUAUUGAGCAGUGCUGCAACGUAACAGGGUUGCAGGUUGUUAGGCCCUAUAUAAUAUGGUAAUAUACUGACAAUCACAGUCAUUUGAAAGGAUAUAUUUAUUAAGAAAAUGUUUUUAAAGAGUGAUGGAAGCAACAAUUCUCCCCUACCCUUCUCUUCCACAAAUCAUCAAAUUUUUAGUUUUUUCUGGAAAACCCACUGUACCUCUAUUCAGAAGCGAUUAUUUGCUUUAUUAAUGAUUCUGUAUUCUAGGAUUCUUAAGUUGGAAGGAAAUCAUCAGUGUGUUUACAAGGCUUCAUAACUUAAACUUUAAGUGCUUUUCUAUUGCUUUCUGAGCAGAAACUAGUACUUGAUAUAUUUGUAGUGGGUAACUUUAGUCUGUGGGAUGAUAUUAUAUGAUCUUAGUCACAGUGGCAUGAUACGAAGUAAUAAAUGCUUCACUAAGGAAGGUAGAAUGGAAGCCAGUAAAUAGCAAAGUGUACAGGAUGAGGCCAUGAUAGAGCCAUGAAGUUAUAUAUAUAAUACAUAUAUAUGUUAUCUCUGAGGAAAAGAUUUUGCAUUUUAUAAUUGGAUGUAGUCAGCCUCGAGUCUUUCUGAAGUGGUAUAAAUGUUUUUUUUUUAAUUUGUUGUUUGUUUUUUUUUAAGACCAAGUGUCAAAAGCACUUUGAUUUGAAAACUGUAUUUGUAGCUUAUAUUUUAAGAGGAUGUUAGCCUUACUCUGAGUAAAUUUAAAGGCCAGUGUUUAUUUUUUAAUUUUUUUUUGCUUUUUGCUGUCAGAGAAUGUUAAAUCAUCCACCGUAGCAGUCAUUAUUAUCAAGAUAUGUACAGACCAAAGUUGAUCAGCAAUCCCAUUGUUUAAACAUAUCAAAAAAAAGUGUAAUUAUUAAUUCAUAUUGUAAAGCCAAGUGAAACCAUUGCAUGGUUUGCAUUUGGCUUGCUGUUGUUAAGAUAGAAUCUUAUUAUUUUAUUUAUUUAUUUUAAUCUAUUACUUUUUUUUGCUGCCCAUGCUGCUUUGUUCUAGUUUACUUUGGUCAUGAGUGCUUUUGUGCACAUAAGCGCGCUGACGUUGGUCAUGUGUGUGUAGUACAUAUGUCUGCUCAGGAGGAUACAGCUUUUGUGGUUUCUAAGGUUUGCUCAUGUUCUCCCCCAGAACUUCUCCACCAUUUCUCAAAAACAUUACCAGCCCUUUUCCAGACUUACUGAUUAUGACUUUCAUGGUGUAAGAGGCUCAUUGUGACAAGCUGUGGUUGUCAGUCAGAUUGCCAGGAGAGAAACCAAGAGGUUUUGCUGGUGUGUAAUUCAGUCCAUCUGAAUGGCACGGAAGGAAGCAGAAUUAGACACCUGGGAUAGUAGAACAUUACAGUGCAACUCAGUACUGAGCUACAAUCCACUGUCUAACCACUAAAGGAAACCAAAUCUAGAAAGCAAUGAGAGAAAGAUGAGCUUCCUUAAAAUUCAUUUCCCCUUCAACGUGAAUGGAAGUACUGGUUUUGUAUGUUACUAAUUGCCAUUUUAAACAAUUGUGCCAAUUUUAAAAUACAUGUUUGUAAAAACCCAACAUUCCCAAGUGUUAUAUGAGAUAUUAAUAAGUAUUGCCAGUUUUAAAUUUUUAGUUGAGUGUCCACAGAAUAGACUCUCAGGCAGUUAGUUGUUUUCUUAUUGGCAAAACUGACAAGAUAGUCUUCACCUAUUGCCUUUUCAGAUUUAAUAAUAUUCUCAUGGCUGUGUAUCCUGAUGCAUAUUUUACUUUAUCAUUUUGGGAAUUUAAUUAAUUUAUCAUUCUGAACUAUUUAGGAAGGAGAGCAGUAAGUUACACAGCUGUAUGCUAACUAGUUAAAUUUUUCUUUUGAGGAGAAAAAGGUGAAGUUGCACAUUCAUCAGUCCCCUUGCUUGUUGUACCACCUCGAAAUGGGUAUGGGGUUUCCAGCCUCUCUACAGCAAUACAGAACUGAAGUAUCAGGUUAUGUGUCUUCUAUUGGGUCUCAUUGGCAAGGGGGGACCAUGGCAUAUAAAAAAUGAAAAACUGCAAAAAGUAACUGUGAUUGAUUUGGUCAGACACAUUUCUCUGAACUGCUGAUGAGAGGAACCCCUUGAACAAUCCUAGUAAGAUUGAUCUUAGAUUGUUAAUGUUCUGUUGUUCACUCCUUUGAAUUCAAUCCUAAAGGAAUUCUGGUACGUGGUGAAGCAGUAAAUGAAAUAAUUGUAUUUUUGUGGUGCUUAAAAGAAGUUUAUUAAUCAUAUGGGCUCAAGUCCAGCAAAGUAUUGUGAAUAUGCAUGACUUUAAACAUGUUUUCAUUAUUUUGCUGGAUCAGCAUUGUGAUUUCAAUGUUAUUUAAUACCGCCUAAUAUUAAAACAAAUUUUAAACUGGCAAUUAAGAAAACUAUGUUCAUUUCGAAGAUUUUGGUAUAAUUUAUCUGUUAGAGUAGGGAGGCCUUACAGACUGACUUCACUUAAGGAGGAUGUGUCACUUAUUGUCAGCGUGGUAUGGACUUUAUUUGCUUAAAUACCUUCAUUUGUAAAGUAUGUCUCACUUGAAAUUGCUUUGUAUACAUUUUGUAAAAAUAUUUAUAAAAUGUUUUGUAAAAAAAAAAAGUAUAACAAAUUGCAGUUUAUUUUGUUAUGUUGGAUAAAUACUGUUAAAAGACACAAGUCAGUAAAUAUAUUGUUAAUCCAUGGAUAGGAAAUGUUUAGUUGGAGAUUACAAAUUGAACCAACCAUUGCAAUACAGCCAAAGAUUUGGGAAAAAA